UGCCAUUCAUUCCCAUCCCCUGAGAAGAUGCUCCCAGGGAGGAUCUUCUGCCUGGUCCUGUGUGUAGUGGGCACUACCUGGGCAACUAAAGAUGAAGGAAGCUUCCUAGCCGAAGGAGGAGGAGUUCGAGGCCCCAGAGUUGUGGAACGUGUCCAGUCCUCUUGCAAAGAAACUGACUGGGAAUUCUGUUCCGAUGAUGAUUGGACAUAUAAGUGUCCUUCUGGCUGCAGGAUAAAGGGGCUAAUGGAUGAAAGCAAUGAAGAUUUCAAUAAUAGAAUUACCAGGAUCAGAAACUUGUUGUUUGAUUAUCAAAGGAACAACAAAGAUUCUAGCUCAGUGACCAGAAACAUCAUGGAGUUUUUGAGAAGGAACAUGGCCAAUGACAACAAUAAUAAUAAUGCACUUAGCCAAGUGACAGAUGAUCUAAGAAGAAGAAUUGAAGUCCUAAAGCGCAAAGUGACUGAACAAGUACAAAAUAUUGUUUCUCUGCAGACCAACAUCCGUAAUCAAUUAGUGGAAAUGAAACGACUAGAGGUGGACAUUGAUAUCAAGAUCCGGUCCUGCAAAGGGUCAUGCAGCAGGUCUUUAGAACGUGAGCUUGACAUAAAGAGCUAUGAAGACUACCAGAAGCAACUUGAGCAGGUUGCAUCCAUCAAUUUAUACCCCAGUAAAGAGGUCCAAUACUUGCCCAAAUUGAAAAUGAAACAAGUGAAUUUUCUGGCUCCUGGGGAGUUCAAAAGCCAGGAUAGUACCGCAGAAUGGAAAGCAUUAACAGAGAUGAAGCAGAUGGAGAUGGUAUUGGAGAUACCAGGCAGAGAUAAGAAUUCCCCAACAGGUUCUUCUACUCAGGGAAUAGGCUCAGAACUUGGAAACACAAGAGGUUCUGGCAAUUAUAGAUUUGAAAGUUCUGGGAGUGAGAAUUUUGGAACCCAGAAUCCUGGAAGCACUGGAUCAAGACCCAGGGAGAACCCUGGAUCAGACAGCUUCAGACCUGAUAGCUCAGGGCAUGAGAGCAUUGGACAUGGGAGCUCAAGGCCUGCACAUCCAGAUUGGGGUCAUACAGAUUGGAGCAGAGCUGAGGAGCCAUCAGGGGAUGUGAGCUCAACGGCAAGUGGAACUUUCCAUGUGAGCAAACAAGUUUCUGGAGGAGAGAAAGAGUUUGUGCUGAGUGGAGGAAAGGCCACAUCUGGUGCCACCACUACCACCCGCCAUUCAUGUUCCAAAACUAUCACCAAGACUGUUGUGGGUCCUGAUGGCAAAAAGCAAGUGACCAAAGAAGUGGUCAACUCAGAGGACGGAGCUGAUUGCUCUGAUUUUGAUUUUGAGCACCCUGACGAAAGCUCAUUUUCUUUCACUGGCCUAAGUAGCCUAGAUGACUUCCGUCGUCGACAUCCUGAACAUGCUGACUUCUUCAACACCGGAACAACUGGGUCCAGAUUCCAUAGUACAACCCACCGAGGGGAUUCUAGAUAUGUUUCAGAGGCAUCCCAAGGAGCUGGUAGUAAAUUCUUUACUCAAGACUCAGGGUCACAUCUGGAUAUUGGAGAACCUGACUUUGUCCCCCACAGAGAAGCAAGCACUAGCUCAAGUCACAAAACAUCAGUAUCCAGUAGCAAGACUUUCAGCAAAGGAAACAAGAGCUUCAAAAUGGCGGACGAAGCUGAUGGGGAGUUUCAGAGAGAGGAAGGCACAUUCCUCCAAGCCCGUAGUAGCAAAAGAAGUCAUGGUAGAACCCGCAGUGCCCGAGACUGUGAUGAUGUCCUGCAAAUACACCCUUCAGGUGUCCCAAGUGGUCUUUUCAAUAUCAAGCCAGCAGGAUCCAGUAAGUUUGUUUCUGUUUAUUGUGACCAAGAGACCAGUUUGGGAGGAUGGCUUUUGAUCCAGCAGAGAAGGGAUGGAUCUUUGAAUUUUAACCGGACAUGGCAAGACUACAAAAAAGGUUUCGGCAAGGUCAAUGACGAAGGGGAUGGAGAGUUCUGGCUGGGUAAUGAAUACCUCCACUUGCUGACUCAGAGAGAGUCUGUCCUCCGGGUAGAACUGGAGGACUGGGAUGGGAAUGAAGUAUAUGCUGAGUAUAACAUCCAUGUUGGCUCUGAGGCAGAAGGGUAUGUUCUACAGAUUUCUUCCUAUGAAGGAAGUGCUGGAGAUGCUCUGAUUGAAGGUUCUGUGGAGGAAGGGCCUGAGUACACUUCUCACGCCAACAUGAAAUUCAGCACCUUCGACAGGGACAAUGACCAGUGGGAGGAGAACUGUGCUGAAAUGUAUGGAGGUGGCUGGUGGUACAACAACUGUCAGGGGGCCAAUCUAAAUGGUGUCUACUAUCCUGGGGGGCCUUAUGAUCCCAGAGACAAUAGUCCUUAUGAGAUUGAAAAUGGAGUGGUUUGGAUCCCUUUCCGGGGUUCUGACUAUUCCCUCAAGAGUGUUCGCAUGAAAAUUAGGCCCCUAGAGACCCACUGGCCAGAAUAGGAGGAAGAAAAGAAAGACUCUUUUGUUGUUAUGCUUGUGUCUUGAAGUUGGAAAAGAAGGCAGAGGGACAGAGGAGUUAGGGGGAAUGGGUCCUUGAGUUCCAACAAAUCCCAGGUGCUAUUUGAUUUCCCAUGGUACUGUAGUAAAAUGCAACUGAGAUAUAUUUGUACUUCUAAAAAUAAAGUUCUAUGAUUUUUUUUCACUUCUAAAA